UCCGUUUUACUCGAAAGUGUCACGUGACUCCGCCGCUCCUUGAUUUUGCCGGCCGAAAAUAAGAUUUUAGUUUGUGAAAUGGAUCUUCCGUGCGUCCCGUGGCAAGAGCACGUUGCUCGGAAAUGGGCCGGACUCGAACCCGAGCUCAGGGAGCGUUUUCAGUCCCUUCUUGAACUAAAAGAUGUCUUCGAAAGCGGGCUGGGUCUGAUAACGCAGGAUGAUGUGAAGUAUUUGCAGCGUAUCUCUGCAGGAGUACAUCAUCAUCACACAAGAAAGGAUGCAGAGGCGGCGGCCGCAUGCAGGGAACGAGGAAACGCCAGCUUCAAAAGCAGGAAGUACACUGAGGCGGCCCUGCACUACUCACAGGGCGUUUGUUUGGCCCCCCAAAGUUCUGUGGAACUGUCGUUGUGCUACGCCAACCGCUCUGCGGCUCUCUACCACCUGCAUCGCUACCAGGAGGCUCUUGAUGACGCAGCAGAAGCAGAGAGGAACAACUACCCGUCCGCUCUCGCCCACAAGCUGGAGAAGCGUCGCACGCAAUGCCUGGCGCGGCUCUCUUCCUCGGAGCUCCGUGCAGGCCAAGAGGAAGGCGCCCGGUCGGGAAUGUCUCCUAAAGUGACCGUUCGCUUCAGCCUUGAGAAAGGUCGCCACGUGGUAGCGUCGGAAACGAUCCAGGCCGGCGAGGUGAUCCUAAGCGAGAGGCCGUACGGCUUGGUCUUGGUUCCGAGCAGCAGCGGAAGCGCGUUUGGGUCGGAGCACCGGCGCUGCCACGCGUGUUUGAAGCUGAUGUGGCGACCAGUCCCGUGCGACGGGUGCUCAUACGCCCGCUACUGCACCGCCAAUUGCAAGGACCACGCCUGGGAGGAGCACCACCGUUGGGAAUGCCCGCUCAGUGCCCACUUGACAGUUUUGGGCGUCAUGUCACAUUUGGCUCUGAGAGUGGCACUGAAAGCUGGCCCGAAGAGCAUCCGCCACGCCUCCGGAGCCGGCGCCGAGAUCCCGCCGGACCCUUCGGGCCCCGUGUAUGAGAGAGUCUCCUGCCUGCUGCACCACUCGGACCGGCAGAGCGCCAGCAUGCGCUUUCUGUCCGCAAUCACCAUGGCGACGCUGUGUCUGGAGCUCAGCGAGGCGGGACGACAGGUCGACGCCGUGCGGGACCGCGCCGUCGAAGAUCAAGGGUGGCGGCUGCUGGGUGGCGCGGCGCUGAGGCAUCUGCUGCAGCUGCGGUGCAACGCGCAGGCUGUCGUCAUGCUGGAGGAGCAAGGUUCGUCGGAUGCCGUCGUGCUGUCCAGCCAGGAAAGAAGGGUCGCGACGGCCAUCUUUCCGACGUUGAGUCUGUUCAACCACUCGUGCCGACCCAACACCAGCCUGACAUUCGGCGACGGCGGCGUCGUCACAGUGCGUGCGUCCCGCGACGUGAACGCCGGGCAAGAGGUCCUGCACUGCUACGGUCCUCACGUUGGCAGGAUGGCCGCCGGGGAGCGCCGGGGCCUCCUGCAGGAACAGUACUUUUUCCUGUGUCGAUGCGAGGCCUGUGAGGAAGAGGGGGCGCCGGGAAUUAGCAGAGAUGGAGGAUCUGGACUUCUGUGCGCCGAUUGCCACGCUUCACUUGCAUCCUCCAGCGUAGGCGACCUGGAGUGCCGAUCGUGCGGUUUUGCGGCGUCCCGUGCCGAUCUCGCCGAGAGGCUGCGGGACGUCCGGCGAGAUUUGGACCAGGCCGUGGAGCUCCUGGAGAAAGGAGAACCCGGCGAGGCCCUCGCCCUGCUGGAGAGAAGCGGGCGUUGCGCGGGUGCGACGCUGCCACACACCCACGAGCUUCAGGGCCGCAUGGAUGACACUUUGGCCAGAGCGCACGCCACCAACGGCAAUUGGUCCCGUGCGGCUUUGCACUUGGAGCGCAGCAACGUUGGCGUGAUCGCCCGCUUCGGAUCAGACAGCGUGGAGAUGGCUCGACAGCUGGCAAAGUUGGCCCAGCUGCACUUCAACGCCGGUUCGAGAGCAUCGGCCCUGUCAGUCAUCCCGGAGGCUCGACGCCUUCUGAGCCUGCACUGUGGCGCCCUCUGUCCUGAAGUCCAGGAGCUGCAGGCCAUGGAGGAUUGUUUACGUAAUUGAAUCUCCUGAUGGAUGUCGAGCGUGAAUGCAACGACAGGACUCGUCCAUCAUUGCGAUGAAAACCCGAGGAAACGCCACACGCAGGCAGGCGGAUGCUACACGUGCUAACGCCGCGUGCACUUCAUCAUUGGACUUUGACAAGGCUUCUGUUUGAGGGCGGCUACUUGUGGCCAGGGAGCAGAGGUGAAGCAGCAUGUGCCUCAAGGUGCCUGAGGUUAUUCUAGAACACAGGUGUCAAAUUCGAGGCCCCGGCGCCAGAUCUGGCCCGCCGUGCGAGUUUGUGGCCCACCAAGCCAAAUCUAGAGUGUCAAUUUCCAUGAAAAUUUCUAAUUGUCAUAUAUCAUAAAUGAGAGAGAUAUUACUAGCAUUUUUGUGUUAUCAAACAUGAAUAGAUGAAAUAUUUUUGUUCCACAGUCAUAAUGGGAAGUCAGAGGGAAGCCGGACCAACAAUGUGGCCCGUGAGAAAAAUGAAUUUGACACCCGUGUUCUACACCAACCAAUGACAUAAAUUGCGUGUUUAACAGGGUUUUAAAACAAAAUGUGACGCGCGCGCCACAAAACGUCAUCUUCCUCUUGGGCGAAAAGGACAGCAGCGACGCUUACGUCGCCGAGGUGGCCGCACGUGAUUGGCUACACGUGACGGUCGGCGGCCUCGGGC